AUGGGUAAAGUUGACUAUGCUAUACGUAACCCAUCUACACUCCUAGAAUCGCAACCUGUGGAUAAAGCACAGCUUUUAGUAGAUAUGUUUGGCGAGUCUGCCAACCUGAACAACUUCGCUCAACAGGCGGCGGCGAUGAAUAUACAACCAACCACCCUUUCACUAUUAUUUUCUAUAGCCCUUUACGCUUCGUCCAGGUCAUGGGAUAAUUUUGCUACCCGCGCCUAUACUAGAUUUGGUGACAUGGGUGACUCAGAGUCGAAAUGUCCCUCUGCUGAAGACGAAUUUGGAUCUACAUACAUAUCAACACCGAAAACUACACCAAAACCAGUACAUGUUACACCUCCAAUACUGCCAGAUGUGGAAAUGACUCCUGUUGAUCAUACUGUGACACCUGAAACUUCCCGGAAGAAAGAUAAACAAAAGGCGCGUGUUACAGCUGAUAAACAAAUCAUACACCAAUCAUUUACAGCAAAUCCUGAGGCACAAACCCCAGACAAACAAAAUACCCUAUUUUUGGGGGCAAAAACUACCGCACCUGAGGUCACACAUAUACUGACAGGAUACAAAGAAAGCGAUGACGAGCAAGAGCAAGUCAGAGACAUUAUUGUAUAUGACAUUCCGUAUACCUGGGAUGUUGAUAAAAUCUUAGGAGAAUUAACGUUAUGGGGCAAAACUAUUAAGUUGUCAUUAAAACGGCAACACAAAUAUCAGACUCUUAGAGUCAAAAUAGUUUUAAACUCAUUUACCCUUCCCCAAUUUACCAAGUUCUGGACGACUGACCUGGGAGGUAUACCGGUGAGAUGGUUUCCCGCAAGUUGGACUUUACGAGAAAGAAACAAUCGAUGUGCGGUGCUAGCGCGUUUAAAAUUAUACAAACAAGUAAAGAAAGCACCAACCAAGCAAAAGGCGAAGAAUGUUCCUGACAAGAAGCCCAGAAAAACUGCACAACAGUCUGGUAAUGUUAACCUUAAAAAGAAGGACCAGAAAUCCUCGACUAGUGCUAAGAAACAAGCCAACUCUACUAAAGACCCGUUGAAGGAUCCCAAAUCCCAGAAGUUGAAGUCCAAUAAGAAGUCCAGGAAUAAAGGAGGUAAUAAGGAUAACACGGUGGUUUUAGCAGAAAUUUUAUCCUUACUGCAAAAAUUAGUAUAG